UUUUUAUCUGUUUGUGAAUUGAAUUCUACCAAAAAAGUUAGCCAGUAAUGUUUCUCGUGAACAGCCCGAUGCAUUUUUUUGUUCAACCAAUAGAGUGCGCUGAGAGCAGAUAUGAGGGAGCGUUGCCUUCCAUAAAUCAUUCCGACUCUGCUGACUGUGUGGCAUCAACAGUUUUGUGGCGGCGCCAGUUCGCUUACACGCUGACAGAAGAUGAAUCCGAAUCCUCGUGUCGUCGAAACUGGCGCAGAUGUUCCUUCUGACAACAACAUGGUCGGGAGGAUGAGAUGUUUAGAGGGCGUGACCAUGAUCGCUCCAAAUGAGUCUCGCCGGAAGGAGACACUAAUGAUUGCUCAGAAGGAAGAAGAUGAGCUUCAGAAAUGGAAGGAGGCUAACAGGCACACACAUGUGCAUACCACUCCAGAGAGAUUAGGUGGGAAUGCGACUUUGGCUGAAGUCAGGGAGAGACAGUUCAAGGACUUGCGUUGCUCCAAGAUGGAGAAGAAGGUACUGUUUUCUACUUGCCAAGGAUACGGCUUUACCGUAAACGGAAAACUGCGAGCAAUUGAUGCUCCCCCCCCCAAACCACAUCUCCCUUUAGAGGGCGUGACCAUGAUCGCUCCAAAUGAGUCUCGCCGGAAGGAGACACUAAUGAGUGGGAAUGCGACUUUGGCUGAAGUCAGGGAGAGACAGUUCAAGGACUUGCGUUGCUCCAAGAUGGAGAAGAAGGCUGAGUGUCUGGAGGAACAGAAGCAGGUGAAGGAGAAGAAAAGGCAAGAACAACUCCGGCAAGAUUGCGCCCAGUGA